AUGCACGCAAAAUUUUAUGCACUUAUGCUUGCAGCCCUGGCGCACUGCGCGCACGCGCGAGUGUCGUUUGACGAGGUCAUGGAGAUGCAAAGCACUGAAAUAGGAAAGAGCCGCGCCUUCAUCAACCCAAGAGGGCCGCUCUGCCUGCUGCGCGGGUUCGUGUACUCAGAACUGGCGUACACGCACAACAAGCGCUUCUUUUCGCCUGAAAUAGAAACUGACUACAAAGUGGAGCCCGUUGGGGAUGUUGAAACCACAGAAGAGCACAAAUACACAAGAAACGCGCAGAAUGACAAGCCCUAUCCGUCUGCAGAGGAGCCCGCUGUGAGCUCCAAGCCUGCUGGCAAAAACUACGCCGAGGAGUACCACCGCACCCUCAUCGAGAUGUUUCCGUCCGUCGACGGGCACACUCUGUCGGUUGCUGUCGCCCGAGAGGACUCCUUCUUCCAGUUUCUGCAGGGGAUGCCCACCAAACAGCACGCGCACUACGUGCUGGCUGCGCUCCUCCUGCUGAGCGAGGGCGUCGACGUGCCCAUCAAGGCCACACAGAAAAAGAUCACACUGGGAACAAGCAUUCUUGGCAACUUGCCGCCAGAGCACAGAACAACUGUGGGAAAGGAAAGCAGCACAGUAGUGUUUAAAACAAAAAAAGACUUGUGCAAAAAGGCUGCCCAGGUCAUAAACUUCUUCAAUGACAACAAAGGCAAAGGAAAGCUGCCGUGCACGCAGAACGACUUCUGCACCGGCGACUUUCUAAACACGCCGCAGUUCCUCAUACAGGCGUACCUCUUUGAGUACAUCACGAGCAAGAGCAACGCCCUGGACUUCGCAGCGUGCGUCCACGCCAUCCUCACAAGCCCGUUGAAAAAAGACUGCAAAGACGUAUACAACACGUGCUUUGUGGAGAGUAAGGCUGAGGCCGAGGGAGACGAGCUUCUGCACCCGCUUGUGCAGAUUCAGAAAGCCAUGAAGAAUCAGAACCCGUUCCCGUUCACCAGCCCGAGCAUGCUGCCGGCGUACACAAGCGUGCAUGCCUGCAAGAGAGGCCAAACAGAGUUUCUGGACGAAACAUUCAGCAACUGCGUGGAGGCCGGCCUGCUUGCGCUCUUCUGCUGCCUUGCACACGACCCAGCCCAGAAAAAGUACGACGCAGACGCCAUGCUCGGCGAGGAAAAGGAGGGUGAGAAAACAGAGGCCCUGCGUGCCUUCUUCCAAUUGGAAAGUGUCACCCCAAAGACGUGCGCCACUAAAGACACAAUGCAGGAGUGGAACCGCGUCGUGUCAGGCCUGCAGAGCGAGCACAUUGCGUACAGAAGGGAGAGCCGAAACGAGGUGCGCUCCGGAAUUUUCAACGCUCUCUACGUUGUGGCAGAGGUGACGGGCAGGCGAGAGAAGGAGGAGCCGAGAAUACGCGAGCUUGAGCUGAUGCUAGACGGCCAGGCUGGAAGAACCUCUGGGGGCGUGUUUGAAAAAACAAAAAAGUAUGUGGCAGAGCUUUUCGCGUCCCUCUCUGUGGAUAAGAGCUUAAAAGUCAGCUUUUCCGGCUUGAAGGUCGACGUCCGAAGCGACGGGCAGAAAGACCUCUAUGGAGAGAUCACCCUGAAGUACACAGACAAGGACAGCGUGAUAGAGCAGAGCAUAUGUCUUGCCUUUCAGCCCAGGCAUCUAAUAGUCACCCUGUGCCCGUGGAUGUUUCUUUCUUCUGCGAGUGGUAGAAAAGAGGCGUUUUUCUCGGUGGACGGCUGUCCAGAGCCCGAGGCCUUUGCCGAAUGUCUGUUUGCCAAGUACGCGGACGCGUGGAGGGCCAGGAGCAUAGGCCUUGGCAGAAAUAGCAGUGCUGAAAAUAUUCUGAAGAUCGCAGGCUGCCUACCGGAAAGCAGGACCUCUGCGCACCCAAACCAGCUUUUUGUGCUAGGACUCGCUCUGAGAUACGAACAGGCACAAAAAAUCAUCGAGCACUUCACCCUGCAUGCAGCAGCAAAGGGCAUCGAGCUCACCCAGGAGCACCCGGGCGUGCGCCUUCUCUCGAACCUGCUCGGCAGCCUUCCGCUGGAUGACUUCACAACGCAAUACAAUGUGCUGCAGUAUAAAAUCUCUCUGAAUAUGAUGCGUGACCUAUUUCCAAAUAUUAUUCUGUCGAAGGAAGGGUUUUCUAUAAUCUAUAAAAACACACCCGCUAUCACCAGAAUCGGGAGAUACACCGGAGACAACUGCGCGCCCGCAGCAAACGCCAUCUUAAAAUACUUUAGAGAGUACAACGACAAAGCAGGCCAGCCUCUUUUCCAGUACAGUCAAUUAAAAACCUGUACCGCCGUCUCUGAAAUGUUUCCUGUUUUGCUUGCAGACAAGUCAACGCGCCACAUAGACGAAAUCAGCACGCUCCUUCUCAACGUGGAGAAGAAAAACCGGGAGAAGGCGCUGGACACCAAGGCAAUAUUUGACCUCCUCCUGUUUCUCGUCAGCUUGAAAAAAGAUAACACCCCGCCUGAGCUGGUGCUUGCUCUGGGCAUUCGGGUUGGGCCAAGGCUGGUCCAGAUGUACAACAGUGACCCCGAAUUCAGCCUUUAUAUAAGCAGGUACGAAGCCUAUGCAUUCCUGCAGGCUCUGAGCGCGCACAAGAGCGCUCUGCAGCAGAUUCCCGGCGGAGAAGAGGCGUUCAACUGCGCGAAGAGCAUGCUCCAGUUCACCAUAAACGAUAGCUAUUAG